AUGACUCCCAGGUACGUCACCGCGGGUCUCUCACCUAAAGCUCGGCAGCCCGCGGCCCGGCGAACACGGAGGUCCCGCGGAGCUUGCCAUAACCCGAACUUGUCAUUGGCCCGGCUUCGGGCGCAUUCAGACUUUGGCUUUGCAUCCACCGGAUUCGUCUGCAUAUUGACUUCUGACCUGAGCCAGCUGUUCCCUCCCUUGACGCGGACCAGAUGGUUCGCAUCUCAAGGCACCUUACCCAGCGUCCUAAGCAGCGCAGGCAGUCCGCACCCCGAAACGCCACGCCGGCGCCGUCCCAUAAUGCCCGGCUUGCACUACUCAAGUGUGCUACCCUCCGGUAUCACCCGGAUGCUCUGCCUUAGAUUUUCUCUCCGCCGUUCAUCCUUAGUCAGAACCAUCGAGUUCGCUGUCCUCUUGAACUGA